AUGGACCACGGCGUGCUUCAAAAUGAGCACAUUUUUGCUAGCAUGUUCCCUAAAAGCUGCUCGUCAUCUCUUAGAGACAGCGCCUAUCAGGAGACCCACAUUCCUUUGACAGUUCCUAUGGGCGUGCUAAACUCGCGCAUAGUGCUUUAUCGCUGCCACCGACUCGCGGUACUUAGCGCGAUUCUGCGCGACUUCCAAGAUCUGUGCGAUAUAUUGGCAUACAAGCCUCUUACCAUUCAAAACGAGAUGGUGCUUGCCGUAGGCUGGUUCGAGGCUCAAAAAAUGCCCGAGCACAAUAGACAGUUGCAGCAACUUUUUGGGAACGUUACCGCAGAGACUCUCGAGCCUUGCUUCAUCACGGAGCAGACCACUCUGGCAACCGUCCUUUCCAACCAUGAGUUCAGGUUUUUAGAGGAUAGCUAUGCAACUGUCUAUGUCUUAUGUGGCGGAGAGACCAGCAUGAAAGGAUUUGGGGAACAGCUUGUUGAAUAUCUUAGCAAAUUCGGUGCCAUUAUGAGCUUCAAAACAGUUCCACAUUCGAAAUACGCAUUCCAGUGUACAUUUGACGAUAUCAGAGCUUCCUUCAAAGCACGCGCAGUCCCCAGAUCGUACCUCAACAACAUCUCAGUAUACGUGCGUCGAUCUUUAGAGGAGCUUUAUGAGAAACCCGCAACCAGAGACACAAAAAGCCAACCAAACUUGCAAGUCAUUAACUGGAUGACAGGAGAUAUUAAAAGCAUUGGAACUGAGCACACAAAACAAAAUAACGACGAGUGGAAAAAGGAUCAGCAUCUGACAACAUGCCGCCCGUUUCCAGGCUCUCUUGGGACUAGUUACGUUCCGCAAGAAAACCAAAUAGACAUUACAAAGAUCCGCCUGGGACAAGAUCCACGGAAAACGAUCAUGAUAAGGAACGUUCCAAACAAAAUAAACCACAAUGAGCUCAAAGAAUUCAUAGACUUGACGAGCAAAAAUCUAUAUGACUUCCUUUAUUUGCGCAUUGACUUUGAAAACCAUUGCAAUGUUGGAUACGCAUUCAUUUCUUUUGUGGAACCGAGACAUAUAAUCAGGUUUUAUCUUGAGCGGGCCGGAAAGAAAUGGAGCAUAUUCAACUCAGAAAAGGUUUGCGAGAUGUCGUAUGCAAAAGUGCAGGGCAAAGCAAAACUGAUCGACAAGUUCAGGAACUCGAAAAUUAUGGGAGAGAACCCCGGUUACCGGCCAAGGCUGUAUCACACCGAUGGGCCUCUUAAAGGAGCUGAAAUUAAAUUCCCACCGCCAACAAAACGUGGAGCUCUCCUGGAUGAAUAG